AUGCCUGGCGUGAAGGGUUUGUACCCCGACCUACCCGUCCAGCUUGCUACCACCCGCAGCACUGAGUUCCUGGGAUUGGCGAGUGCGAGCGGGAGGUUGUGGGCGGACGGCAAGUCCGGAGAAGAUGUGAUCAUCGGAGUGAUCGACUCCGGAAUCUGGCCAGAGCGGUUGAGCUUCGACGACCUCUCGCUCGGGCCGAUUCCUGCGAGAUGGAACGGGGUGUGCGAGGUCGGGACCAACUUUACGGUUUCGAAUUGCAACAGGAAGAUCAUCGGCGCCCGCUUUAUAUUCGCGGGUCGUGAAGCGGACAAAGGCAGACCCAUCGAGGACGGCGUCGAAGAUUACAAGUCCCCGCGUGAUAUGAUUGGCCACGGCACCCACUGCGCCUCCACAGCAGCUGGCAUGCGCGUUGCUCGAGCAGUGAGCCCUACUGGGCUCGCCGGGGGAACGGCAGCGGGGACGGCACCCAAGGCGCGAAUUGCAGUUUACAAGGCUUUGUGGGGACCGGAAGGACGUGGAUCUUUGGCUGACCUUGUAAAGGCGAUCGAUUGGGCGGUGACGGACGGGGUCGAUGUCAUAUCGUAUUCGGUGGGUGGAGUGACUGGAGAAUACUUUACACAAUAUUACCCGAUGAACGUUGCUAUGUACAAUGCCGUCAAGCAAGGAAUCUUCUUCUCAGUAGCUGCGGGAAAUGAUGGCUCCGCCCCGGGGACGGUCUCCCAUGUGGCGCCGUGGGUCACUACAGUCGCAGCUACCACUCAAGAUCGCGACAUCGACACGAAUGUUGAGCUCGGCGAUGGGACGGUUCUGAAGGGACGAUCCGACUACGACGGGACUGCGCUGGCUGGGCAAGUCCCUCUGGUGUUGGGGGGUGACAUUGCUGUCAGUGCUCUCUACGUAGACAACGCCACUUUCUGCGGGAGAGACGCCAUCGAUGCGUCGAAGGCCUUGGGCAAGAUCGUACUGUGCUUCAAAGAUGACGUCGAGAGGAAUCAGGAGAUUCCCGCCGGGGCCGUAGGGUUGAUUUUAGCCAUGACUGUGGGAGAAAAUUUAAGUGUUUCACACUUGAACAUCCCGUACACAAAUGUGGGCAAUAAGGCCGGCAAAACCAUGGUGUCUUAUAUUGGUUCCACAGCUGCACCCACGGCAACUAUUCAUGGUGCCAAGACAGUCCUGGGCGUGAAGCCGGCGCCCAAGGUGGCGGGCUUCUCCAACCGAGGCCCCAUCACCUUUCCCCAGGCGCAGUGGCUGAAGCCUGACAUCGGUGCUCCAGGGGUGGACAUUCUGGCAGCAGGGAUCGAGAACGAAGAUUGGGCUUUCAUGACUGGAACCUCCAUGGCGUGUCCUCAAGUGAGCGGCAUCGGGGCUUUGAUAAAGGCAUCGCAUCCCACAUGGAGCCCGGCCGCCAUCAAGUCGGCCAUGAUGACCUCCGCCUCUAUCGUGGACAACACCGGUAACAUCAUCACACGUGACGAAUCCGGCGAGACUGGCACAUUCUUCGACUUCGGAGCAGGGUUGGUGCGCCCCGAGAGCGCUAAUGACCCAGGGUUGAUCUACGACAUGGGGACGACUGAUUAUUUGAACUUCUUGUGCGCGCUCCAAUACACUCCCGAAGAGAUCCAGCAUUAUGAGCCCAACGGACACGCGUGCCCCACUGCGGCGCGGGUGGAGGACGUCAAUCUGCCCUCCAUGGUUGCUGCGUUUACGCGGUCGACACUGCCUGGGGCAUCCGUGACCUUCAACCGAGUAGUGACGAAUGUGGGAGCUCCAGAUUCCGUCUACACCGCCAACAUAAUUGCACCCGCGUAUUUUGAGGUUGCUGUCGAGCCCGCCACAAUAACGUUCUCCGCUGCAGCACCGACACAGAGUUUCACGUUAACGGUGUCACCAAACACGACUGCGCCGGUUCCGGCAGGGGUAGCGGCAGAGCAUGGCGUCGUACAGUGGAAGGAUGGUGUGCACGUCGUGCAAAGCCCGAUUGUCGCUAUUGUUUCUGCUUCCUAG